UCACCGUGCGACGACGCUGGUGUGGUCGGUGUAGCAGUGAGGGAAUGGGAGGGGAGGUGGAGAUGUGAGAUAAGACGAGAGAGGAUGAGGGAUAGCACCUCGCCGCCCCGUACCUUUAUAGCUGGAAACAAAUUUCAGUAAUAUCAGUAGUAGCAGUAGACAAGAGAGAAAAUCACACAUCUCCAAUCAAUGUGCACUCACUCGAUCAAACAAGCAGAUUCCUUCUCCUCUUCCUUCCCCCCUCUCUCAUUUUCCGUGUUUGCUCAUCUUGCACUUCCUCUUUUCUCCCUCUCUCUCUCACCAUCUAUCUGUCUGUCUGUCUACAGUCUAUCUCUCUCUCUCUCUCUCUCUCUCUCUCCGCUUGCUUUUACCUACCUUUUUAGUUCUGACACUUGCAUAAAUAGAAGAUACAAGCACGCGCAAUAGAGCUCGCAGUGUCACUGUCUCCAGCACGUAGGGAAGUGACAACAACAUCGUUAGCAACAAUCACACAAAAACAACACACACACACAUGCAAACUAAAGCAAAAAAAAAUUAUAUAUAAUUAUUUGUAAAGGAAAAAAAAAAGGAAUGCAUUUUAAUCUUGUAGUUUCUGUUAACAUUUUAUUUUCUUAAUCUCCACCUCCACCUCCACCACCACUUCCACCCCAUCCAACUCCGUGUGAAUGCUAUAAACAGGAGGAUUCUGAGCGAACAAGUGGGAAUUACUGCUUUCCAAAACAAAAGACUGCAAAACAGCAUCCAGCACCAACGUCACUCCGAAGAGAUUCAGAAACAGUGACUUCAUAAAAACCAUUCUUGACUGGGAGGAAGCGCUAUACAAAGGUGCAUGACGAGAGACACUGGGGUGGAUUAUUCCAAUACAGCAGCAGGAAGAGAAACAAAACAAAACCAAAACUAAGUCCUAACGGGGAAACUUAAGAAGUUGGAGAGAGUGGUGCUGUUUUCAGGUAAACAGGUAAAUAAGAAAGAUAAAAUAGAAAAGAGUUGGUGAGUGUGAUGCAGAACUGAUAAUUGAUAUCAAAGACAUUGGAAAUUAUUGAGAACGUGACCAUAUUAGUGCUGCACUUCUUAGACUGAUGGAACACACAUUUGGACUGAAGCUUUCCAGUCUGACAUGGCUACUGGCUAUGCACAUUCAGGUGGUUGCUUCAGGGACUCAUGCAUAUCUUCAGGACAAGGAGUGUAAGUGCUGUGUUGGCCAGACAGGUCCAUCAGGAGUACCUGGAAUACCAGGUUUGCAAGGUGCUAUGGGAAAGGAUGGUCACAAAGGAGAUAAAGGAGAACAUGGACCAUCAGGCCCAUUUGGAUUAAAAGGUGAAAGUGGAGUAAUGGGACCAUCCGGAGAGAAAGGAAGCCGUGGGAGGAAAGGACAAAAAGGAGAAAUUGGUACAAAGGGAGGUGAAGGAAUUAAAGGAGCUAUGGGACCCCGAGGAUAUCCAGGAUACAAGGGAGAUAGAGGGGAAAAGGGUCUUUCAAGUAAACCUAGUAAACGAAUUGCAUUUUCUGCCAGCAGAACAACCAAGCUGGGACGGGUUUUACAAGACACAAUAGUGACUUUCAACAACAUCUUUGUAAAUAUUGGUGACAAUUUUGAUGUUUAUACGUCCCAUUUUGUCUGUCAGCUCAAUGGGACUUACCUUUUCACAGCGCAUAUUAUGGGUCAAAAUAAAAUUGAUGCCUUUGCCUGGCUGAUGGUGAAUAACCAGCACCAGCUUCCACUGCAUGGAGAUGGCCGAGCAGGAUUUGGUUCAAGCAGCAACACCAUAAUUCUUAAUCUUAAUGUUGAUGACCAUGUCUGGAUUCAACUCAGUAAAGACUCAGCACUGCUCAACGAUUACUCAACAUUCUCAGGGUUCUUAAUCUUUGAGAAUUAAACAUGUACAAAUAUUAUCGUCAUGCCUGCAGUACUAAUAUGUGAGAAAUAGCCAAGUCUUUGACAGUUUAAAAAUGGUAGAUUCAUUAAUAAUAGGGAAAAAGCCAACUUUAUCAAAUAAGAAAUAUCCAUACUUUCUCGGCAGAGUGAUAUGAUAAUAUAGUUGGAAUUUCUAAGGAGAAAAUAUUCCAUAAGUCAAAAAGAUUUUUGAAGUAGGUCUUAUUGUAUUUAGUCAACUUUCAUAAAUUUAUAAAAUAGAUAUUGCUGAUACAGAAUCAAAUAGAUUUUGCUAUUUAAAAACAAUCUAGUAAAAAAAUUAAAAAGAUAAAAACAGUCAAUCUUACAAUCGCUUCAAGAAUAGGUAACAAGAAAUAAAUUUUGGGGUAACAAAAAAACAAUAAAAAAUCAAACUACCUGAUUAAAGAACUCUAAAAAUCCAACAAAUUUAUGCUAAUUACAUAAUAAUCGAAAUGAGAGUGAAAAACAAAAUAAAAAAAAAACAAAUGACAUCGCUUCACUGACUUCUAUUCUCUAGCAAUAAUCAUAAAUGAAACAAGUCUAAAUCUAUCCAACUUAUUUCUUGAUCUGGUGAAAACAGAAUAUGAAACCCACAUUUAGAUUUAGAUAAACCACAGUGUAUGUCAAUGCAACAGAUUCAUUUUCAAACCACACUAAACGACAAGAACACACAACACUCUCAACACAGAUUAUGGCCAAGAAAUACACCUACAUCCUAAGCACCUAAAAGCUUUGGUGGUGAUACUUCAAAACCAUUUUCAGGUAGAAACACCAGAUAACUUACGAAAUCUGUACAUCAUGUUUUGUUUUGUCUUUUGAAUAUCUUUUUUAUUUUCGUAAUAUUUGUCUUUUAAUAUAAUUUAGUGAAUGAAAUCUUCUAAAUCUAUGUAGCAGUCUUUCAUGGGAUCAUUCCACAUUAUAUUUAAAUAUUACUUAACUGUCUAUAAACCCCACAAAAAAAGGACGCUUGGAACAGAAGAUGCAAACAAAUUUUGAUUAUCACAGCAAAACAUAUCAACAAGCUCUUGUAAGAGACUGAAAUCUUUGGAAUAGUUUUAGAAAUUCUAACAACAAAAAGAAAACACGUAGCUGGAUCACAUUAUAGGACUUCCAUUCCACAUUCUAUGUUUUAAAAGCCUCAAGUCUUUUAUCUGUUUAGAUAACAACAAAACCAACAAUUUUCACAGUCUAAGCCAUUUUCACACACCAUCAUUUUCUCAAAAAGUCAUGAAAACAACUGACUUAACAUUUCUAUAAACUGUAAAAUUUUCAUGGUUGUGAAAAA